CAUUUUUUGUGAUAACCGUGUUGAAGUGUAAUCCAUUUUUGUUUACGCGUGCCCUACCCUUACAAACAUAAAAGAAAGUUAAAAAAAAAAAAAAAAAAGAAAGAACCUAUAAAUAGACAUGUAAUUCUUCCCCUCUUGGAAUCACAGAGACACACUAAACAAAAAAUGGGAUUGUUCAAUCUUUGUUUCCUCUGGUUGCUUCUGAUCUCAGUUUCUUCAACAAAUGCUUGCGAUAGAUGUCUACAUCAAAGCAAAGCGGCCUUCUUCUCCACACCUUCUUCUCUUUCUUCUGGAGCAUGCGGGUAUGGUUCAUCAGCUAGCAGCUUGUAUGGCAGCCACCUUGCUGCAGCUGUUGGUAGCAUUUACAAAUCGGGUUCGGGUUGUGGGGCAUGCUUUCAGGUGAGAUGCAAGGAUUCUAAGGUGUGUAGCAAGGCCGGGACUCAGGUCAUAGUAACUGAUCUCAAUAAAAACAACGACACCGAUUUUGUCAUGACCCCUAGAGCUUUCAUGGCCAUGGCUAACAAGGGUAUGGCCCACAGCUUAUUAAAACUUGGUGUUGCCGACGUUGAAUAUAAAAGAGUACCUUGUGAUUACAAAGGCAACAACUUAACUGUAAGAGUUGAAGAAUCUACCAAAAAGCCUAAUUAUCUUGCACUCAAAUUCUUAUACCAAGGAGGUCAAACAGAAAUAGUGGGCGUUGACGUUGCUCAGGUUGGGUCAUCAAGUUGGACUUACAUGACUAGAAACUAUGGGGCUGUCUGGGACACCAGCCGAGCUCCUGCAGGACCACUGCAACUCCGCCUGGUGGUCACCUCCGGCUAUGAUGGAAAGUGGAUAUGGGCCAAGAGUGUUAUGCCGGUCGAUUGGACCAUUGGAGGUGUGUAUGAUUGUGGCGUACAAAUCAAUGACAUUGCUCAAGAAGGGUGUGGUGAAUGUGAUGACCAAAAUUGGAAAAGUUAACACACACGACAUUCUAUUUUGGGUUGUCAUAAGGAUUCUGGUAACAUACAAUAAUAGUGUAGAUGGAGUAACAAAAUGUUAUGGACUAGCUGAUGUAUUAGGUUGGAAUCACGUAUAUGAUAUAAUAUAACUUUGAUUGAAUGAUAUACGACUUUUACGAUAUUA